CAACGUUGAUGUGGUAAUGGUUUUGACACUUGCUGACCUGUUUUUGCAAUCGGCGAAUCUUGUGUUGUUAUGUUUUUUUCUAUAUCAUAAAAGUUGAUGAAAUUAAAAGCUCUCAGUGGGUGUUAGAUAAUUACUUUUAAGGCGCAUGCAAAUUAAGCGAAAAAGAUGGCGAGCGGUGAUGGAAAUUUGGUAGCUUUCAUAACUGGAAUUACUGGACAGGAUGGAUCAUACCUAGCCGAACUUCUGCUAGGAAAAGGAUACGAAGUUCAUGGCAUCAUCAGACGGGCCAGUUCCUUUAACACGAAAAGGAUCGAACAUCUACACGAAAAUCGAUACUCCCACAAAGGGGGUAAACUCCAUCUGCACUACGGUGACAUGACCGAUUCUAGCUGUCUCAUCAAAAUCAUCUCGAAAGUAAGACCGUCGGAGAUUUACAAUUUGGCGGCGCAGAGUCACGUUAAAGUAUCCUUCGAUCUCAGCGAAUACACCGCAGAAGUGGACGCACUCGGCACACUGAGACUGUUGGACGCGAUAAGAACGUGCAACCUGGAGGACAAGGUGAAAUUUUACCAAGCGUCCACUUCGGAGAUGUUUGGUAAGGUUGCGGAGAUCCCGCAGACCGAGAAGACCCCUUUCUACCCUAGGUCGCCGUAUGCAUGUGCCAAAGUUUAUGCCUAUUGGAUAGUAGUCAAUUACAGGGAAGCCUAUAAUAUGUUUGCCGUAAAUGGAAUUUUAUUCAAUCACGAAAGUCCAAGACGUGGAGAGACAUUUGUGACCAGAAAAGUUACUAGGGAAGUUGCCAAAAUUCACCUGGGCAUUUCUGAGUAUUUCGAGCUUGGCAACUUGGAUUGUAAACGUGAUUGGGGUCAUGCGAAAGACUACGUAGAGGCUAUGUGGCUAAUGCUCCAACAGGAUACACCGGAAGAUUAUGUGAUCGCUUCGGGAGAAACGCACAGCGUUAGGGAAUUCGUAGAGGCCGCUUUUCGACACGUUGGCAAAGAAAUAGUGUGGGAAGGAAAAGGCUUAGAAGAGGUGGGAAAAGAAAAAGACACUGGUGUCGUGAGGGUACGUGUCAAUCCCAAGUACUUCAGACCGGCUGAAGUGAAUCUCCUUCUUGGCGAUGCAUCGAAAGCGAAAAAGAAAUUUGGCUGGGCCCCAAAAGUAACAUUCAUGGAACUAGUUACAGAUAUGAUGAAUUCAGACAUUGAGCUGAUGAAGACUAAUCCCAUGGCUUGAUGAUGAUCUGUUUCGAUCUUCUGAAUGUUAUUGCACAAUUGUUUUAACUGAAAUAUUAUUUAAGUGCUAUCUAUUGUUUAUAUUCAUUUAUUGACAGAUUGUUAAAUUUAUUGAUUUUAUAUUGUAUUAUAUUAAAAUAUUAUUUCGACCAAUCAGAUAAAGUGA